UUCAGUAGAGUAGUAAGCAUGCUGUAGUGAACAUCCACACAGCUUUUUUGUGAGAACUUCAUACGUUCCUCCAUGGAAUCUGGUCAUUCUGUUUUAUAUCCCAAUUCACGGAACGUACCCCACCCACCACUGUAUCGUCGCCUGCCACCUAAAGUGUACUCUACUCUUGGAAAACUGAUUGAUGUGUUAGAGCAGCUGAAGCCGUCAGAAGACCUUCGCUCGCUACUGCAUAAGUUGGUGGCAGAAGUCGGCGACAAGAGCCCAUCGAUAGGAUCAGGCUCUCGGGUCGAGUUAGAUCCGGGCACUGUUUUAAGGCUCGCCCGGAUCCUCGCUAGGUUGAAUGCCCCACAAGAAGGUGCAAAAGUGUGUGGGCAAUCAACCAUGAAUACUGUUAUAACCCAUGGGACCAUUUUCGCCUCCUCUGCAGGCCUGGAGAGUGUCUCAGAUGAGACCUCAGGCCCAAGCAAGGUGGGUGGGGAACGGGUGACAAGAGGGGAGCCAGACGGACGCUCCCUCUCCCUGUCCAAACAGGACAGUUUAUACCUUAUGAAAAAGAUAAGGGACUUCGAACACAAGUGUAAACCCUUACAAGAAAAAAACAAGAAGUUUCUUGAACGGAAUAUGGAACUUACGACGCUGAACAGAAACCUCAGGGAACAGAUGCGUAAUAUUGCCGAGGAAAAUAAGAAAAUAAAAGAACAACUGGAUGAGACAAGACGCAAGUGCUCUGGAUUGUCAAGGCAACUAAUUGAGAUCCAAUCAGAGAAUGAAAAUCUCAAAUUUCAAAUACAGGAAAUUGACAGGUUGAGAAAAGAGCUUGCUCAAAAUGCCAAAACCAUCUCUGCUUUGAAACAGGCAGCUGCUGAGAAGGACCGACGCAUGGAAGUUCUGCAGCAUAGAAAGAAACGCCGCCUAAGACUGUCUCCUGAAUAUUUAUCAAGACUUAGCAGUCCAUGCAGUGCUACAGAUGAUGAGUGUUCACAGGACUCAGAUCUCUCCAUAUCAUCUGUGUCACCCAGGAACUUGUCAGACAUUGAAGAUAAUGUGGAAGAGCUUCGUGAAGAAGAGCUUGAGAAGAUAGACAAGAGUCACAGAAAGUUGAUGAAAGAACAUCUCGCCCUGCAGAAGUCUACAGCCAAACUGCAGAGUACCCUAGGUUGGGGCAUAGACCCAGAAAGAUAUGUUAAGACAAGACUAGACUUUGAGACAGAUCUGUAUGUUGGCAGAUGUAAAGUCGAGAACCUGGAAGAGUGCUUAGAAAAAUACAAGGAUAGCGAUAUGAGCUGGACAAUCGAAAAAGAGGAACUGUCCUCAGACAUUCAGGCAAAAUCACUGAAGAUUUCCACACAAGCCAAAACCAUUGAAGAGCUGCGGACUGAGCUAUUGAAGGCAACUACCGCGUAUGAGGAAAUGAAGGAACAGUCAGAUCAUCUAGAGUUCCUUGUCCUGGAAACACAGGAAAAUAACAGGGCUGAUGUACUGACAGAAGAUGCCACCACUAACACUGAAAAGACUGCACUAGAAGUACCCAACCACCAACAACAAGUCACACUUCUUGACAAAACGUUGCAGACAGUCAACCACCAAAUCCCCAAUAUGAAUGACUCUGUAGGACAGGAUGGGGUUUCAAGGGCCUCUAUAAAGGGCCUAGAGGACAAAUUGACCCAGUUGAUGAAGGGUGAAGGGUCAGGAAUAAUGAUUGAGUUACGACAGGCGGGACAGAAUGUUAUUGAAGUUAUCGAGGUUGAGAACACAAUGCAAGACCUGCAGGGAAAUAUCAGCAACUUGCAACAAGAGAACAUCAGACUCAACGAGAAGCUUGUAUGCUAUCGUGAGAGGCUUGAUUCACAAGAACAGUCACUCUCACUAACAAGGGAUGAACGUGAAGAACUUCUACAGGUCAAGCCUAAGGGAGGUGAAAAGCAGUUGAAUAACAGGCUACGAUUGGCAGAAGUUGGACAACAGCAGGCUCACAAGAAUUCCUUAGAAAGAGCAGAGUCAUGGGAACGACUCUGUAGCCCGAUUAUGUCACCAAGGUCGCCCGGGGGUCAAGGUCAAUAUUGCGACCAUCUUGCCCUCUUGAAACCUGCUCUCGGCAACAAAUCCGGGGAAAAUGAGUUUGCAGCGGGCAGAGUUUUGACAGGGGCAGAGAAGCAUUUCGAUAGCCACGUUGAAACAAUGGACUAUGUAAAUCCAAAAAAAGGUAACAAUACAGAAACAAGAAGAAAAUUUAGGAUCAAUAAUAUGCCAGCAACGGGACUUAAACAAAUGUCAAAUUGUGACAUGUUUAGUGAAGUCGACAAACUUCAGAGACAGAUACAAGACUUACAAGACGAAAAUGAUGUUCUUAAGUUUGAGUUGACCCAAAAAGGCAAUGUAGACUCUGACACAUCAGGAUCUGACUCUGAGGACACAAGAGUUGCCGAACUUCGUGAAACGUGUGAGAACCUUCGGGAACGACUACAAAACGCUGAGGCCAUGGAAAGACAGUGCAAGGAUAGAUUGAAACUAGCGGAGAAACACAUCAUGGAGUUAGAACUUGGCGAGAUUGUUUUGGGAGAUCGCGUUGAGGAGGAAAACGCCAAUUGCGAUAAAUUGCGGAAACAAAUCGUCAGGUUACAGCGAAAGAUUCGAGAAUUGAAAGAUGUUGCUUCUGAUAAGGAGGCAAGUGAGCAAGGCCUGAUGGAAAAGUUGAAGUAUUUGGAAGAGACCGAAGCCAUCCUUUCGAUCAAGGUGACGGAACUGGACGGAACAAAUCACAUCCUUAAACAACGGCUUGACGUGAAAGAUGAGCUUCUAGCUGACGUUCAAUUGGUUGAAACAUUGACCAAUCAGGUUAAAGCAUUGCAAGCUGAGAACAAUGAUUUAGAAUCUAAACUGAUUGAUUUGGAAGAAAAUAAUUAUGUCUUAAAAGAAAACUGGAGAAAAGUUGCUGAUGAAGAGGCGGAUAGACGAGAAUGUUUGGAGGAAAAGGUCAGAGUGUUAGAAAGUGUGAAUAAAGAGCUUAAAACUAAGAUUAAGGAUCAAGAGACUGAUCUUGAUUUAAGUGUCACUCCAUCCAUUGCUUCUGAAAUCAAUGAGGAUGUUAUUGAAGAGUUAAAUGAAAGGAUUAAGGAACUUGAGGAUGAAAUUAAUAGUGUUAAAGACCAGAAAGAUAAAAAGAUUGAGUCUUUGGAAGAUUUAAUUAGUAAUUUAAAGGAAAACGAAGCAAAGUUGUCUGAAACAUUACAAAAAAUGGAAAAUAAUGAGCAGAAACUUGCAGAGCAAAUCGAUAUAUUGGAAAAGUCUAAAUCCACUACUGAGUCGACAUCAGAAAUGUUGAUUUAUAAUGACAAGCUUUCAGAAAUGAGAACAUCUCAUGAUGCUUUGUUGGAAAGGUUAAAUUCUAUGGAAAGACUUAAAGAUGAUUUUAAAGAAAGAAUGAUACAGAUGGAAAAAUUACAUGCGAAGAAAAUAAUGAUGCAGGAACAUGAGAUAGCUGAACUACAACAGCAGGAAGAUGAUUUGUGUACCAAGAUUAAAGAACUUGAAGAAAAUGAAAAUGUGUUUAAUGAGAAGUUAAAUAAGUGGAAAGAAAUGGAAAUGAAUUAUAAGAAUAAAAUUGAACAGCUUGAAAAUAGGGAAACAAGUUUGACAAUUCAGUUUUCACAGAGGGUGGAAGAGUUGGAACAAAAUGAAAAGAACAUGUCGGUUAAGUUUGAUCUUAAAAUUGAACAACUCGAGUCAAAUGAAGAAAAUCUGAAAGAAAAAGUGAAAUCUUUACAAUCCAAAAACAAGGAAUUGAUUGAGAAAGUAAAUAUACUUGAAAAACAUGAAAAGGAGUUAUCAGAAAAAGUUCUAACAGAAAAGAGUCUUGCACAAGAAAACUUAAUCUUAGUUCAGUCCAAACAAGCCACUAAUGGUGCUACAUCUGUUAUUAUUCAGGAAACGUUUGAAAGUGUCGCAAUUGUAGAAUCAGAAGCAAGUGUUGUUUCCAAAACCAAAGGUUUUUCUCCAGUUGAUUAUAAUGUAAUAGUAAAUGAAAAUCAAAAACUUAGAGAGGAAAUGUCAAAAUUGCAGCUAGACUUGGAGCAAAGUGAGAACGCACAAAAAUCGAUUGAGGAGAAGUUGAAAAGACAAGAGAAGAAAAGAAAGAGAUCAGAAAGAUCAGAGAAAUCCGAUGAUUAUGAUUCUAUAGCUAGAAAAGUUGUGACGUAUGAAAUGGAGGUGGAACAACUGAGGGGUGAGAAUAGUGACUUACAUGAGAGACUAAUGGAACUUGAUGAGUCUGAAAAGACUUUACAAGAAGAAAAUGAAAAGAUGGAGAGAGAGCUUAAUUGUUUGAAGCAAUCAAUAAGAGACUAUAAUUUGUGUAGUGAAAGGGAACAAGAAGUGGUUAACAGAAUAAGUGAACUUGAGACAGUGGAACAAAAUCUUAUGGAACAAUCUAAUGAGAUUCAAGCUGAACAAGAAGAAAACACUGCUGCAGAGUCAGAAUCUGAAACCAUGGAGGAGCACACACAGCUUGAAUCAACAGUUUCAAAAGAGACUGUUGAUGUGAGUGUUGGAACUGAUGAUUUUAUGGAAGGUGUAAUGGCAGGUCAUGAACAAGGCAAACCAGUGUCUAGCAUGUUUGAAAGAAUUCAGAUAUUGGAAAAUGAGAAUAACGAUUUAAGUACAAAGUUAAGCACUCUUAUGGCAACUGAUGCUCAGGUGAGACAGUUGUCUGACAAGGUUAAGAACUUAGAAGAAAAUGAAGAUUCAUUGAUGGAGAGAGUUAUGGAGCUUGAAGAAGAAGAAGAUAGAUUAAAACGUGAACUGAUUAAAGUAAGAAAUAGUGUCACUGCUGUUGAUGAUUUGGAAGCUGAAAUCGCAGAACUUCAUGAAAAGGAAGCAGAGUUGAAUAACACAAUGGAAAUUUUGAAACUGGAAAAAGUUACUCUGAUGAAAGCAAUGGAAUGUUCUGAUAGUGAAAAAGGUGGUAUAGCUGUAAGACUUGCCUCCGUUCAGAAAAUGUAUGAAGACGAAAAGAAAAAAGUUGAAUCACUACUUAAAAGUGAAGAAAGGUUGAUGAAGAGUAUGUCAUCGGAGAAGAAGAAAAUACAGGAAUUGGAAGAUGAACUUUCAACUACUCAGGAAAAGUUAGAAGAACUUCAAACUGAAUAUGAACAUAAGCUAACAGAGAAAGAUGAAAGUGAAAAAGUUGUUGAAGAUGAGUUUAACAAAUUGCAUAGAGAAAAGCAAGUAUUACAGAAGAAGUUAAAUGAAUUUGAGAAAUCAAAUUCAGAACUUGAAGAUGAAAUUGAACACUGUAAGAUAUCAGAGUCAAGAAUGUUUCACAGACUCCAAACUCUGAAUACUCAAAAUGAGGAGAUGGAACUGAAGUUGUCGAAACUAGUCAAGCUUAUACCACAUGCUGGUAGUGAAACCACCAUAAACAAAGAUAAAUCUAGUCAUUUGAUGUCAGAAAACCCUGAGGUCAUAUCAGAAAAUCCUCUAAGUUCAAGUAUUUUCACUGAAAAAGAACUUGAUUUUCUUAGGAGCAAAACUCCUGAGCUUGAUCUGCUGGGGUCUGUGCCUUUGGACAUGUUGAGAAAAAUGAAGGAUUUUGAUCAGAGAGAGAAAAACUAUCUAGUUAAAAUUCAAGAAAUAGAAAAUAAGAAUAUAAAACUGCAAAGAAAAAUGACUUUGUUUCAGAGCAAAGAAAAAGACUUGAAACACGAGAUUAAAGAGUUGCAGUUAGAAUCACUGAAAUUUAGAGCAAAGAAAUCAAAGUUAAAGGCUUCAAACUCUAGUCUUGAUAUGGAAAAAUCUGGUUCUAAUGACAGUGAAGAUAAUGAAAAUCAAUCUGCAGAAGAUGCUGAUAAAAGUGUUGACAUUUUUAAUUCUGAUGCAGUAGAAGAUAAUGACUAUGACAACAUGACUCAGGAAGAACUGCUGCUAAGUGUUAAGCUGCUAAUUGAGAAACAGAAUCAAGAUACAAAGAAGAUUGCUGAACUGGAAAAGCCUUUGAGUGCGUUGGAAAAAGAGAGAAAUGCUAUGCAGAAAUUACUGGAGCAGUUGGUGAUUGCAGCCACAUGUGAUCAUACAGCUGACUGUCUUCAGAGCAUUCAGUCUUUGAAGAUGUCUAUUGAGCAGCAGGACCCACCAGACAGUUUGAGACAGCCCUUGACCAGAAUGUUGAAUGAGGUAACCGGUCUAAGACAGAGACUUGAAGCACUGCAGGAUAGUGAAGAAACUCUACGACUAAGCCUUGCUGAGAAUGAGGUUGUAACUGAACAGUUGAGGGAAGAGUCGAGUGAGAAGAUAAAACAGCUUGAGGCUCAGAUACACGUCUUGGCUAAGGUUGCACAAAGACACCAGUCCAUAAAAAAGAAGGACAGUUCCUGUCAGUCCUCAUUGUCAGAUGAUAUAAAACAAAGGUAUUCAACAUCCCACAGUGAACUCCACCUUGAGCCAUCUAAGACAAUUAAAAUCGAUGUUCCUCCUUCAAAAUAUCUCCAAAGUAUCUUCAACCUCCAAUGCCUUGAACAAUCAGAGGUGAUACAUGUGAACAUCUCGCCUGAGAGGCUCAAUCUGACAGGAGCAGAAUCAGACGAGGACUACUCCGAUACAGGAUAUUUCGGUUACCCAGAGUCUUCUGUAUCAGCGGCCAUUAUGGAAAAGGCAGAGGAUGUCUUACGACAGCGAAUCCGGGAACUUGAGAAGCUUGAAAAACACCUAAGACAGCAGGUGAGCGAUUUAGAAUCAGAUCGUGAGGAUCUCCACGAUAUUGCUCGUAAAGACAAGGCAAUCAUUCAUCAACAAAAUGUAGCACUAAGGCAACUGGAACUCGCCCAGAGAAACCUGCAGGAACAGGUCAAGAGCUUUGAAAAAAACGAGAACUCACUUUAUGCAAGACUAGAUGAAUUAGAAGCUGACAUGGAUAAUAAAGAUGAUCGUAUAAGAGAUUUGGAGAUUCUUGAAGACAGAUUGAAGGAUUUGGUGAAACAGUAUAAGCUUGAUGAAAAAAUUCUGAAGACAAAUUCAGAGACGCUGGAGAGUUCAGUCAAAGAAAUGUCACAGAAAGAAGAGACACUAAGGAAGAAAGUUCAAAACUUGGAAACAGAGAAAACAGCUUUCUCUGAGAGAUCGGAGUAUCUACAGUUGAGGUUGAAGGAGUUGGAGGGUGCAGAAUUGGAUUUGGCAGAUAGAGCAAAGAAUCAAGAAAACAUUUUGCAGACGUUACAGAAAACUGUUAUUGAGUUGGAAACUUAUGGUGCUAAUGCUCAUGCAAGGGUCAUUGAAUUGGAGUACUUGAAUUUUGAUAUGCAACAGCGAUUGCAUCACACAAUGACAGAAAACUCACCUCUAUCAAAACGAGCAUCAGCUAUUCAAAAACAAUGCAAUGAAAUGGAAAGUGAGUUGACAUUAUUACGCGACCUGAAAAUUAAAUUGCGUCAGGAGAAUGAAUCACUAGUAAAGUGUGAAAACAGUCUGCAACAUGAAGUUAAAAGAUUACAAUUACGAGUGGUUGAGUUGGAAAGCCAGCUUUGCGAUCUUGAAAAAGGGGAGUGUGUAAUGAAGGAUAGGCUCGGCAAACUACAGAGGAGCGAGAACACUCUGAAGUAUAGGGUUAAGGAACUAGAAUCCUCUGGAAAUAAGGCAUCAUUGGAUCUGAACACAGCAGCAAGUGGUAGCAUAAAGCUGCCUCGAACACUAGAGGAAUGUCAGCGACGUAUUAUAGUUCUACAGACAAACAAUGCAGAAUUGCAGUCUAGGCUGCUAAACAAUAACCUUUCGAACACCAGUCCCCAGGAUGUGAGCAAGGCUCACAGUGGACUGGUUUCCAUAUCACAGGCUGAGUACCAGUCUAUACAGAGGAAGCUGGCAAUGUGCGAUCACAUUGGGAAACAGCUGUCAGAGUCAGACAGGCUAAACAUACAUCUGCAGGGAACUAUCACACAGCUUAGGGAAGGGAAGGAUGUCUGUGGCCAUGAAGUUGAAAAUGAGGUUCUAAGACAAUGUCUUGAUGACGCAAACAGCACGCUCAAGAUGUUGCAGAACCAAACUCCAGGGCAGUGGUAUUUACAGGGGCAAAAUGUUGAGUUGCCGAAGCCAGGAAGUGGCCAGUCUCAAGGACAGGAGACUGUUUUUGAGGAGACAAUGGCUCAGACUUCCGCCGGCAGCUUACAAAACAGCAGACCACCAGGACGUGGCCUUUCUCGUGAUGCACUCCUCGAUGACUUGCUGGGGAGUUUGCACUUGCCUAGCAUGGGGAACAAUGAAGACAAACAUUGGCACGAGAUUGAAGCCCGUAUGGAGGCUGCACGCAGGGGAGGCGAGCAGUGGAUCAGCGUUGGCAAGGCAACAAGCCUUUAUGCCAAAAAGCCCGAUCCACAUGCUAUUCAUCUUAAUCGGUCCCAUGGUAAAGAUGAAGAGUUAGAGCUCAAUGUAGCUCUACAAUCGGAAACUGAAAGUCAAAACUACUUGCAGAAUGACACAGAUUCUUGUCGCUUUGGUAAUGGAUUACCAUUGGAUGAGGUUAAUCUGCGACAUAAGAGUGAACUAUACAGUUCGGUUCAGAAUGCCCCAUCACUGCCAAGGAACGGACCCCCGUUCGUACGAGGGCGGAAUAUGAGAGGAGCAGACAGUAGUUUCGUGGAUUCCCUCACAGUGCAAGAUAGUAAUGAUGAAAUAUCAGACCAACAGAAAGAUGUGGUUUUUAGGAGGUCAGAGGGGUCUCCCAUCCUAGUGCACAGUGUCACAGACAGUGGACGGGGAACAGCCUCAGUCUCCAUUGCAGCCAGCACCAUGACACUCCAUGAGAGGAUACAACAUGUAGAAAAACAGCUUUCGGCACGGGAAUCCGACUCUGCACAUGAGAUGAUAGGGGAAAUGGACAUGACGUCAUGGAAGGCUCUUGUUCACGAGUCAAAUCGUAGACUGGAACUCACAGAACGCGAAAACAAACACAUUAAAGAAGAGAUCAACCGGUUAGAAAAGGACCUAGAAGAGAAGACCCGUCUGCACGGCCAUCUUGAGGCUUUCUUGCACAGCAUACAAAAUAUACUAGCCAACAAGGAUUCUCUGAAUAACAAGGAAGUGAUUGAGAGAAUUGAACAUGAAGUCAACAAGGUUGUAUCUACACUGGCAGACAAAGGUCGUCACCCUGACAACAUCAUGCAUGACCCAGCAGCACUUAGCACUGAACUUGCGAAGAGAGAUAGGGAACUUGCUGCUAAGCGCAACGAGGCCAACAGCCUGCUUUUAGAGUUACGGCAAUGGCAGGAAGAAUGUCGAACAAUUGAGGAAAUGCGGAAAAAGGCCCUCGAUUCCUUGAGGGGACUCGAAGUUGAAGUGGCGGGAUUACAACAGACUGACUCACACAUGCAACAAGUCAACAGUGACUAUCACAUGCUAAAAGGACAGGUUGGAGACCCAGAGACAGGAAACGUCGGACAGAGAACUUGCAUCGUGCAACUUACCAAUCUCUGCAGUGAAAAGGACAUGCUGAUUAAAAAUCUUGUACAAGAAUUGCGCAAGCUUAAGAGUGGCGCACCACUGGUGGAGGAACUAGAGGCUUGUUCUGACCACGACCAUAAUCACUUAGGGCGAUCAUUGUCACAAAAUUCUCUGGACGAUAGCAUAGAUCGAAUGUCCGUUGUCAGUGACACAGAGUUACUGCAUGAGACAAGUCCUUCACUCACACAGCGACCCCGUUCGGCUGACAUUGGUCACCAUAGAAACACCACACAUCGCGCCAGCUACCACGGGCACUCAAGUAACAAAGAAACUUACAGACCGCACUCAGCACAUCACAGCGCUUCCAGAGUUCCUAGAAUGUCUUCCCGCAGUGCAAACUACCGUUCAACUCAGCAUUCAACACUUCCGCCACAUCUUGCACAAUCAUCACGUUUGCGCUUGCGAAACUUGCAAAAUCAUCCUUCUGAUUUGAAAACCACUCGGUAUGUUGCAGUAGCAGACUACGACCCUUCAAUGUUCUCUCAAAGUGGUCACCCAAAGCUCGAUCUUCCGUUGAAGGAAGGUAUAUAG